AUGAGCAUUGAAUUAAAUAGAUUAAUAAAAGAUGAAAUUGAAAUAGCACAUGAAUAUGAAAAUAAAAUUGAAAUAAAAGAAAAAGAAUAUAUUGAACAAUUUCAUCAACUUGAUAUUUAUUGUCAAUCUUAUUUAAAUAAAAUGGAAAUGAAAAUAAAAGAAUUACAUGCUGAUAUUGAAUUAAAUCUUUUAAAUGAAGAAUAUAUUAAAAAAUUAAAUAUUAUUUUAAAUAAAAUCGAACAAUUAGAAAAUGAACAAAUCGAACAACUUAAACAAGAAUCAAAUUAUUUUGAAGAUGAUAUAAAACAAUUGGAAUUUGAACGACAACAAUUAAUUGAUCAAAUUGGACAAAUUGAUAAUGAUUUAAAUCUAGCUAUACAAACAAUUCAACAAAGAAAUUUUAUUAUUCAAGAUAAAUUAAAACAUACAAAUGAUAUGGAAAAUCAAAAAGAUGAAUUAGAAAAAUUUGCAUAUGUUUUUAAUUAUAAAAUUCGAGAAUUAAAUAAUGAAAUAGCUCCUCGACAACAUGAAAUGGAUAAUGAAUAUGAUAUAUUAUGUCAAAAUAAUGAAAAAUAUUCAAUAAAACUAGCUGAUUAUAAAGCAAAAUUAAAAGCAACAGAAAAAGAACUUUAA